GAUAAGACUUGAAGAGCCAAGACAUCUGACAUAAACAAAACUCUUUAGUUUCGAUUUUUUGGGCUCUAAGAAAUUCAUUAACUCAGGUGAAUACAACUUUUAAUUUCUCUUUGAUGAUGGGCUGUGAAGAGGGAACAUGCAAUGGUGAUACAGAGUUCUUGAAAAGAGGAAGGGGGAUUAAUGGGAUUGAAGUUGGAAGGGUGCAUGAUUUCGGUGAAGGGAGCUCAGUUGCAAGGGAGGGUUUUCGGACCUACAAGAGGCGGAAGCAUGUAAGGUCAACAGAAGAAGCCAAAUUUUUGGAGGAUUCCUUUAGAAUUCAGAGGAGAAACAGAAAUGCUGUACUGUCUCAGAUGCUUGGGUCAUUCAAAGGUGUGGGUGGUAUAGAACAGUGUAUUCACGAAGCAUCUUUGUUUGAUCCAGAAAUUGUUUGUACGACAGUUAAGGGAUCUGAUAGUCAUGGUCAAGAUAGGAACAAAUGCUCACAAACAGGGAUUACUAAUGGAUGUCAGUAUUCAGCUAAAGGUCAUGUGGGUGUUGUCUCUGAUGGCCCUUUAAAUGCAUCUGAUCCUUGUAUCAUCACUAAUAUGUGUCGGCGUGCUUUCUUUGAUAUUCUAAUUUCUGAAAAGUUCAGCUUAUUAUGUAAGCUACUCCAGGAAAAUUUUGAAGGAUUCAAGUAUGACAGAUUUAUCGACUUUAGUGUGAUUCACACAAGGAUGAAAGAAGGAACUUAUGAAAGUUCACCUACGCGUUUCGUUGAUGAUAUUCAACAGGUUUGGAUCAAGUUUCAAGAGAUUGGUGCUGAAAUGAUUUCUCUUGCAAAGAGCGUUGCAGAAUUUUCAAGGACUUCCUGGAAUGAGCAUGUUGGAGGCCCAGUACAGUCUAAGUAUGAAGAAGAGAAAAUUGAGCAGUUGUUUACUGGGGAAUCCAACUCUGAUGCUAAAAUGGCACGACCAGAAGCAUGUAGUGUGAAUAAGGUUUGCACUUGCAGGCGCUGUGAGGAGAAGGCUGAUGGGAAGGAUUGUUUAGUUUGCGAUUCAUGUGAAGAAAUGUACCAUGUCUCCUGUAUCGAGCCAGCUGUUAAAGAGAUUCCUCCAAAAAGUUGGUAUUGUGGUAGCUGCACUGCAAAGGGAAUUGGAUCGCCUCAUGAGAACUGUGUAGUGUGUGAGAGGCUGAAUGCCCCCAGGAACCAAGGUAUUCAAGUUGGAGAUGGGACCAGUCCAGCGAAUGAAACAUUUAUUGAUUUUGAAGGUAACUCAAACUGUAGUACAGACGAAAUCCAAGAAUCUAAAGAGAAAAGAUACCUGAUGUACCCUUGUGGAAUUUGUGGAGUUAGGGUAGCAUCGUGUGAUGAGUUUCAAUACUGUGACCACGAUUACUGCCCCUAUAAGCUUUAUCAUAAUAGGUGUUUAACGCCAAAGCAGUCAAAAUCGUAUGGGUCCCGUUGGCUCUGCCCUUCGUGUCUAUGUAGAGGCUGCUUUACUGAUAAAGAUGAUGACAAAAUUGUUAUAUGUGAAACUUGUGAUCAUGCAUACCAUAUCUAUUGUAUGGAACCACCACGCAGUUCAAUUCCUAAGCGUGGAUGGUUUUGCAGAAAAUGUGAAGCAGGACUCAAAGAAAUACGCAGGGUAAAGGAGGUAUAUGAAAAUAAAAAGAAAAAGAAAGGAGACAAGGGUAUAAAGGCAUAUGAAAAUGGACAGAAAAAGAAAAGCAGAGAGGGUAUAUCAUCAUACGAAAAUCUUGAAAAGGAACUGAUUGCGAAAAGUGAGGAGGAAUCAGAUGGAGGUAGAGGUGGAAUGGACAUGCUUUUAAAUGCAGCUAAGACCUUAAAUUUUCAAGAGAACUUGGCUGCGAAGAAGACUUUGAAGUGAAGAACAACCUUAAGAGGGGAUAAGAUCUAAAUUUGAUGGCUUUUGUGAAAAUGAUUUUGUUUUUUUUAAUGAUGUUUCUCCUGAUAUAAGGAAUUUCUUUUUUGCCAUAUUGUUUGGGGAAACUAAUAUUUUGGUAGGUUAACAAUGUUAGAUUUUGCUGACUUUAUGAUACAUGACUGCUGGGCUAGACAUGAAUAUGGUGGCUGUAUAUUGGUGGUUGGCAGUGUGUAAGAGAUGACAUUAUGUAGUCUUUGGUUCCUGCCCAAGUGAAUUUUCUGGGAACCUUUGGGUUUUGAUUGGCGGAAAGGUUUCAUUUAACAUCGACUGCGCUCUGUUUGCACAUUUUGUACUAUGUGGUACAUAUUCUGGGAUGGGUAGCAGAAGCUUAAUGUUUUCUCACCUCAGUUGUGUUGUAAAAUGAAGAGAACUUUGAACAAAAAGUUUUACAAUGAAAAUGUGAAGGAUAUUCUUUUCUUGUUAUAAUCUGUGUUAUGUAUUUGGAUUAUAGUUAUCUGCAGUAUUUUAUUAGGGGUAACGUUACCUUUGAUAAUGAUCAGUAUAGUAGAUCAUUUCAAUGGUUAACAUGGUAGGUAACGUUAUCUCAAACAAAACUUUCCUCUUGCUUAUUUGGGAAUUUUCU